AUGGCAUCCUUUGAUGGAAGAGUUAUUGCUAUCACAGGCGCUGCUUCAGGAAUGGGGCUCGCCACAGCCCAACUUCUUGCCUCGCGAGGAGCACGUAUAUCUCUCGCUGAUCUUAACGAAGAGGGCCUCCAGAAGGCAAUCUCGAUGCUCUCCGGCUCUGAUGACGGUUCGCGGCAUUUGUGCACAGUUGUCGACGUGAGGAAAACUUCUUCCGUGGAUGCAUGGAUAGCAGCCACGGUCCAAAACUUUGGCUGCCUUGAUGGCGCAGUCAACAUGGCGGGAGUGAUCACUAAAGCAGCACCUAUCGUCGACGCGAGCGACCAAGAUUGGGACUUCGUUAUGGAUGUUAACGCGACAGGAGUUUUUCGGUGUUUGAGAGCCCAAUUGAGGGUGAUGAACGACAAGGGAGGCAGCAUUGUAUCAGCAGCAAGCACGUUCGGGCAAAUUGGUGCGCCUGGUAAUGUAGCAUAUUGUGCAAGCAAGGCGGCGGUUAUCGCGGCGACGCGGACAGCUGCCAAAGAACAUCAGCAUAUUCGAGUGAACUGUGUCGCCCCAGGCUCGGUGAACACGCCUUUAUCGGCAAGUGAAGAUCCUGAAGACGUCAAGCGCGGGUUGCAGGUCACGGCACAAAAGCGAAGAGCAGAGCCGCUUGAGAUCGCCAAGGUGAUUGCGUUCCUGCUAAGCGAUGAGGCUUCGUUCGUAACCGGUGCAGUCUACAAUGUGGAUGGGGGGUGGGUGUGUUGA